AUGGCUGAUGAAAAACAUGAUAGAAUAAUCAUUGAACCAGUCAAAGUUACUGAUAUUGUAACCAAGCGAACAUUUAAAUUUCAAUUCCAAGCUCCUCGUGAACCUGGUUUAUAUUCUUUCACCUUUUAUUUUAAGAGUGAUUCAUAUUUUGGUGCUGAUAUUAAAAAAGAUAUGAAGUUGGACGUAAAAGACUUUUCAGAACUUCCACCACAAGAAGAAGUUGAUGAUGAUAUAUCAGAACCUGAAGAAGAUUCUUUGGCAGCCAAAAAAUCUGGUGGUGAUAGCGACGAUAGCGAUGAUAGCGAUGGAGAUGGAGACAGUAGCGAUGAUGAUUAA